AUGCAGGGUCUUUAUCUCAGCCUGCUGUUAGCUGGCCUUCAGUGUUACGUGUCUUCAGAAACAACAACAUCUUCAGCUCGCUGCUCAGACUGUCAUAGCAAUGCCACCUGUGAGGAGAACGAUGGCCUUCGAAAAUGCGUGUGCAAAGAUGGGUUCGCUGGCAACGGCUUCAGUUGUUCCGAUGUGGAUGAAUGUGCCUUUCCAGGUUUGAACCUGUGUCCAGCAGGCGCCUGUGUAAAUACCUUGGGCUCAUACGUCUGCCAGUGCCCCAGUGGGUUCCUGCUUUCCUCAGAGGGUGGCUGUAGAGAUAUUGAUGAAUGCUCUACCCCCAACUUAAACCGCUGCCAUUCAUUAGCAAUGUGCACUAACCACAAUGGCAGCUAUUCCUGCUCUUGUCCCCAGGGGUUUGCUGGUGAUGGCUAUUCCUGCAGAGCAGAGAACUGCACUCUAGAAUCCUGUGACUCUGGAGCUGACUGCUUCAAAACCGAUGCAUCCCGCAUCUGUGCUGACCCUUGUUCAAAUUACGAUGUCCUUGACAAUUACUGGCGCAGCACCUCCUAUGGGGCUGGAAGCAACUGUGAUAGUAACAAAGUAGGCUGGUAUCGAUUUAUAGGCAUAGGUGGGGAGCGCAUGCCAGAAGCCUGUGUACCAACAUACAGGUGCAACACUGAUGCACCACUGUGGUUAGAUGGAUCACACCCUUCCAUCGAUGCUGGGAUAGUCACUCGUAGUGCUUGCGCCCACUGGUCAAAUAAGUGCUGCUACUGGUCAACCGACGUACAGAUAAAGGCUUGCCCUGGUGGAUAUUUUGUAUAUAAACUUAAUGGAACACCAGCCUGUUCUCUGACGUACUGCACAGAUCCUGCCUAUGUUGGCAACCCAUGCUCUUGUAAUGCAGAAGAGGAAUGUAAGCUAAUAAAUGGAAGCUGGGGUUGUUACUGCAGAAAGGAAUCCAACAACACAGAUAUCAGAAGUUUGCAACCUGAGCUAGAUUGUGGUACAAGUCAAAUCAAGGUGUCACUUAGUAAGUGCCAACUGGAAAACGCUGGAUUCCAAGAAAUAAUCAUGUACUUGAAAGAUGACAAGUGUGCUGGCUUUGAGGAACAUAACAAUAGAAGUUUGGUGUCAGUGGUGACUCCAACGCAGGCUGGAAAGUGUGGAACACUACUAACGAAAAAUGCAACACAUGCCACCUACAGCAACACUCUUUAUCUGGCAGAUGGGAUUAUUGUUAGAGACAAUGAAAUAAAUAUUAAUUUUUACUGCUCCUACCCACUGGAUAUGAAACUCAGUCUUAAAACAGCCAUUGAGCCUGUUAUAAGUUCCAUCAAUAUCAGCACUGGCGGCACUGGAAUGUUCACAGUGCGAAUGGCUCUGUACAGGGAUCAAAAUUACACUUCGCCUUUUGAAGGCUCAAAGGUUGUGUUAUCAACAGAUGACAUGCUAUAUGUAGGCAUAAUGUUUGAUGAUGGAGACACAUCCCAGUUUGUCUUGCUGAUGGAGAGUUGUUAUGCUACCCCUACAAAAAACGCUACUGAUCUGACCAAGUAUUUCAUCAUUCAAGAUGGGUGUGCAAACAGACAGGACUCUGCUAUAUCAGUAGAAGAAAAUGGUGUCUCAACUCAAGGACAGUUUUCCCUUCAGAUGUUUAAGUUUGUUGGGAACCAUAACCUUGUUUACCUACACUGCCAAAUACAUCUCUGCGAUUUCAGCACUGAAGCAUGCAAACCUUCCUGCUCCAGAAGAAGUCAUGUUGGGCAGCAACAAGAAGAGAGCUACGCUUUGGAAGUGGGACCCAUUGCCCGCCAAGGUUUUGAGUUUCUCGCAGACAGCAGUUUCUCUCUCAGCUUUGGUUUACAUGCUGCUUGGUCAGUGAUCGUACCUGGCAUUAUGGCUCUGGCUCUCCAUGCAUUUCCAUAAUAAAGAGGGCUAUCAACUUGGUGAAGAGGUUUUAUGUGUACGAGGAAUGAAGUAACAUUAAGAAUUCAUAACAGUGCUCUUUGCCUAUCAUUAGAAGGAGGGGGUGGAGAAUAUGGCAGAGAUAAUUAUAUGGUAUGUGGUUUCUUCCUUUAAAAGAAAAGCAUGGAUUUGUAUUUUUCUUACAAGAGAAGCCAUUCAUUUUGUAGUUGCAAAUAUUUUGGCUUUACAAAAUAUACCAUUUUGUAAAGCAAGACCCUCUUAGAUAUACCCCGUACACUUUCUCCCAAAGGAUCUGAAGUGUAUUCAUUCCACUCCAUGUAUGUCCAGUCAUCUCUGGGGUGGAAGACAGAAAUUAACAGCUCACGCCACAGUCUGUGUGCAAUCCAGGGAGAAAAGACUUGGUCAAGGCUUGAGGAUGUAUAUGGACUGUGAGGCUUACCUCCAGCUCAAAACCUGCUCUUAGUUACAACAGUACAACUUCCAGAAGUCGGUACACUGCAUUGGCAUAAGUGGAAGCUGAAUUUGACCGAUAAUUUUAAUUUUCAUCAGCAAAGUGAAUACAUUCAAUUAACUAACUUAAUUGAAUUCUUUUUCAGUAACAAAAACAAAACUGAAACAGAUGUCAUUACUGUUAACUGAAUUGGACCGAGUAAGCCUGCGAGAACUACUAUUGUCCACCUUACUUAGACCCAAGAGAGACCAUUCAUUUUUUAGUCUGAUUUAGAUUAAUCCUAAAUCUGAUUUUUUCUGGGUACUAAAUUACAUAUAGUAUAUAUGUUUAAUGAUUUAUAGACUGCAAUAUGGCCUAACUCCCACAGUUCUUCCAUGGGAAUCCGUCUUUUCUCUCUUACUCCUUUGAUAAUUUCAGUCUAUAUUCUUAAAAUCUAACUUCUGCUUGCUUUAUCCACUACUUCCUAGGAAGGUGAGAGGAAUUUACUUCCUAAGUUAACUACUUUAUGUGACAAUAUUAAAGAAAGAAGAACCACAUCCUGCUUUCUACUGCAGCUGGGCAAACCAGUCAAGUCAUUGGUAUGGUGCAGUGCAUCAGAAUGGCAUCUGGCCCCUAGAGUAUACUGUGUUAGAAACUGAUAAUGUAUGAAUACCAUGAUUGGUAUAAUCAUUGGUGGAAGCACAAGAAAUGUUCAUAAUCAUUUUAAA